CAGCGCGUGUGGCAUCCCGAUAGAACAGGAGAGGAGCAAGUGGCAAGUGUUGGGUGGCUGGAGCGUGGCUGUCACUGCGCUGGAGCGUCCCUGAGCUUCUGAACAGAGUCGACCAGCCCGCGGUGCAGGCAGCCGCCAGUCCGCGCGGAUCUCAUCCGUCUCGUGCCUCCGCUCAGGCGACCCUCCGAGACUUCGCACAAAGCACAUUUUUCCAAGGGAGCGCCCAGCCGCGUGCGGGCGGACGCACCCUUCCUGUCCUUUGUUCCGGGGGUGGGGGCGAUCUGCAGCUGCUCACCUCUCCCCAAGUCGGAGUUCUCUCCUUCGGGGUGGCGGGUCGCCGAGCGCAGCUACGAAGAUGCCUUUGGAACUGACCCAGAGCCGGGUGCAGAAGAUCUGGGUGCCUGUCGAUCACCGGCCCUCGUUGCCCAGAUCCUGUGGGCCGAAGCUCACCAACUCCCCAACAGUGAUUGUGAUGGUGGGCCUCCCAGCCCGGGGCAAGACUUACAUCUCCAAGAAGCUAACUCGCUACCUCAACUGGAUUGGUGUUCCAACAAAAGUGUUCAAUGUGGGAGAGUAUCGACGCGAGGCCGUGAAGCAGUACAGCUCUUACAACUUCUUCCGCCCUGACAAUGAGGAAGCCAUGAGAGUCCGAAAACAGUGUGCCUUAGCUGCCCUGAGAGACGUCAAGACUUACCUGACAAAAGAAGGAGGACAGAUCGCGGUUUUUGAUGCCACCAAUACUACUAGAGAGAGGAGACACAUGAUCCUUCAUUUUGCCAAAGAAAAUGACUUCAAGGCGUUUUUCAUUGAGUCUGUGUGUGACGAUCCUACUGUCGUGGCCUCCAACAUCAUGGAAGUUAAAAUCUCCAGCCCGGAUUACAAAGACUGCAACUCCGCAGAAGCCAUGGACGACUUCAUGAAGAGAAUCAACUGCUAUGAGGCCAGCUACCAGCCUCUUGACCCUGAUAAAUAUGACAGGGACUUAUCACUCAUCAAAGUGAUUGACGUUGGCCGGAGGUUCCUGGUGAACAGGGUGCAGGACCACAUCCAGAGCCGCAUUGUGUACUACCUGAUGAAUAUCCACGUGCAGCCCCGGACCAUCUACCUGUGUCGGCACGGCGAGAACGAACACAACCUGCAAGGCAGGAUCGGAGGCGACUCGGGCCUGUCCAGCAGAGGCAAGAAGUUCGCCAGUGCCCUGAGCAAGUUCGUGGAGGAACAGAAUCUGAAGGACCUCCGUGUGUGGACAAGCCAGCUGAAGAGCACCAUCCAGACGGCGGAGGCCCUCAAGCUCCCAUACGAGCAGUGGAAGGCGCUCAAUGAGAUUGACGCCGGCGUGUGUGAAGAACUAACCUACGAGGAGAUCAGAGACACCUACCCCGAGGAGUACGCGCUUCGCGAGCAGGACAAAUACUACUACCGCUAUCCCACGGGCGAGUCCUACCAGGACCUUGUCCAACGCCUAGAGCCCGUGAUCAUGGAGCUGGAGCGCCAGGAGAAUGUGUUGGUCAUCUGUCACCAGGCUGUCCUGCGCUGCCUGCUAGCCUACUUCCUUGACAAGAGUGCAGAGGAGAUGCCAUACCUGAAAUGUCCCCUCCACACCGUCCUGAAACUGACACCUGUGGCGUAUGGGUGCCGUGUGGAGUCCAUCUAUUUGAACGUGGAAUCAGUGAGCACACACCGGGAGAGAUCAGAGGCUGUCAAAAUACAACACUUUGCCAGUGUAGUCAGACCUUCCUCUUACACCGAACUUGAGUUUCUGUCUGUGGAGUCCGCAAAACAGGAUGCAAAGAAGGGGCCUAACCCUCUCAUGAGACGCAAUAGUGUCACCCCACUAGCCAGCCCCGAGCCCACCAAAAAGCCUCGCAUCAACAGCUUUGAGGAGCAUGUGGCUUCCACUUCUGCUGCCCUGCCAAGCUGCCUGCCCCCGGAAGUGCCCACGCAGCUGCCCGGACAACCUUUGCUAGGGAAAGCCUGUCUAACAUGAAAAGCCCCUGGAGUGGCACCGACUCUUCCCAGAAGCACUAAAGCUGAAGAGAUAUUGGUUCCGUUCCAUCUCCACGGCCCGCCUUGUGCCUGCUCAUCUACCCGAGGCCACGGGAUGCCAAGGACUUCUGGACUGGGGGAGAAUGGAGGUCUGCUGGCUGAAGGGUACCAGCAUCCCCCUCUGAGAUGUUGGGGUGGUGAAGACAACUGGGGAGUUGUACCGAUCCCAGCUUCCUGUGGCAAAGCUGCACACCUCCCCCAUUCUUUGUUCUCUUGCGACUUCUAGGGGUGUCAGACCACAGAGCCUUCCUUCCAAAGCUUAGGGAGGACCCUAGUACUAAAGGAGGUGAGAUCAGACCCCUGUGUCGGGGCACUGGAUGCCACCAUGCUGUUCUGUUUUGUUUCUCUGGAUCCUGGCCUGGCACAUUGGUAGCUGGAAGAAAGACUGGCAGAGAGUGCUGAAAUUCAGAGUAAAUUAGACCCCAGGUGCCAGAGGCUCAGGGAUGUUUAAACACCCUCAUGUGACUUUUAUGCAUCUCAGCCUGGGAAGAGGCCUCAAAGAUAAGAGAUGUAAGCGUCCUUCUGAGGAGUUCCUGAGCCGAGGCCCACUGCUCAGCUGAGCAAUGAUGUACCCUGGCUCCUCCUCAUGUCUGCAUGCCUCUAGGGCCCCAGGUAAGGGACAGACCGGUUGCAUCAGUGGAAGGAACCGUUUUUCUGGAAAAAUAACCAUGGCCUGUCUUCCCAGGGGCUCUUAGGCCUUCUGUUUCCAACCCGGGCCUGGAGGCACCUGAGCAAAUCCUGUGGCUGCCUGUUUUGCACUUUCCUUUCUUCCU